GGCCGCUACUUACAGCUACCCCUCAUGCUAGCUCCUCCCCGAUCCGAGCCUCUUUCCCGCUUGGCAAUAGCCCACCCGCAGCCAACUGUUUCUCGAUUCGACAUCCUCGAGGCUCAAUUGAGGCGCCUCAAACGCCUGUAAGCUCGAAAGAUGGAGAGCUCGAUAAGAUCGGGGAUUUGUCUUUGUCUAGCGGCUCUAAGCUUUCCAGCAUUGGGCGUCCCAAUUGGAUGUUUGGAUUUCCCUAUCGCGCUGGAAGCAGGAAUCUCGCUGGCGGCUGUUUCCCCGUUGUGUCCUGGACAUUUGAUCGUGCUCAGAAGAAACACGUGUGUGCCGUAUUCAACGUUGAUCUGUCCGAUGUGCUCAUCGCACCGUUCAACCGACCGUCGCCGAUAUAGUAGCGGCAGCUGGGCCUUUCCGUCGACGAAUGGCAAUGCGUCCCUUCCCGCCCAUAAUGGCUGGCUGGGCUUUCCUUCCUAGCAAGAGCCUUCUACAUUUACGGUGCUUCCCUUUCCCACCCAUUGCCGCAUGAGCCAAGGGUUCCUUCAUCGCAGCUGCAGUCGUAUUGGUGCGGGUGCAUCAGGACCAGGUUCCCUGUGGGCGUCAGCCAUUGACUCCUCGGAGGAGGUACACAAGCAUUGCCUCCUGGACUUCCCCCCCUCGCCUAUCCCAUCGUCCGCACCCCAGGCCCUUUGCCCUCUACCCCAGCGCCCGCCACAGCCUCGGGCGAUAUAGGCAUCUAUAGAGGCCCGUUAAAUCCCACAACGAGCGCAGCCCGCAUCCGUCUUUGCGCGUACUGCUAUUGUGCCCGGGGAACCUCCCUGUGACUCGUGAAGUUCCUACGACCCCGUGCUGUGCCUUAGAAGCAGGCUAGAGAGCCCGUUGGGGUGAUUGUAGGGAGCGGCCUACUAUGGAGGGUUUUUCCGCUGAUGGUUCACAGGCACGAUCCGGCUCCUAUGGAGCACAGGCACACCAUCCCCUGCAGCGGCGCUCUUUAAGUCCACAGCGGAAGCUUGGAGCAGGAGCAGCAGGAGCAGCAGGAGCAGCUGGAGCAGUCCUCGAGUGGUUAUCUGCAGGUGUUGUGUGUGUCCUCCUGCUGCUCGCCACUGCUGCACCAGCAGCGGCACAAGGCCACGGAGGCGGAGCAACGGUGGUGGGAUCACAGGAGGGUGAGCGAUGGCACGGCGUGGCUUCACGGUUUCGCCUGGUGGAAGACACCCCCGUCCCGUCCACUGCAUCUCCUGGUCGUACUGCUUCGUCCACACCAGCUGCUGCUUCAAGAGCCUCUACUUCUGCAUCGACCACACCAGCUGCUGCUUCAAGAGCCUCUGCUUCUGCAUCGACCACACCAGCUGCUGCUUCAAGAGCCUCUACUUCUGCAUCGACCACACCAGCUGCUGCUUCAAGAGCCUCUGCUUCUGCGUCGACCACACCAGCUGCUGCUUCAAGAGCCUCUACUUCUGCAUCGACCACACCAGCUGCUGCUUCAAGAGCCUCUACUUCGGCAUCGACCACACCAGCUGCUGCUUCAAGAGCCUCUACUUCGGCAUCGACCACACCAGCUGCUGCUUCAAGAGCCUCUACUUCGGCAUCGACCACACCAGCUGCUGCUUCAAGAGCCUCUACUUCGGCAUCGACCACACCAGCUGCUGCUUCAAGAGCCUCUACUUCUGCAUCGACCACACCAGCUGCUGCUUCAAGAGCCUCUACUUCUGCAUCGACCACGUCAGCUUCUUCUCGCUCCUCCUCCUCCCGUCCCCCCCCCCUCUCCUCGUUAGCAUCUCGUUCUGCCUCCACCACCAGGGAUCCUUCCGUCUCACCACUUUUGAAAUCUGCUGCAGCAGCUCCCUCUGUUCCCGCUUCCAGCGCGUCUUCCCCUUCCCCCAACCUCCCCACUUCCCCCAACCUCCCCACUUCCCCCAAGCUCCCCACUUCCCCCAGGUCCUCCUCUUCAGCAUCCGCCUCCCCACUUCCAACCUCCGAACCUGCCUUUUCCUCGCUCUCGCCCUCCCUCUCUGCCUCCGAGCCCGCCCUACCCCCUCUUAUCUCAGAGCCCAUCUCAUCCCCUCCCCUCUCCCCCCUCCUAGCUCUUCCCCCCGCCCCCUUCGCCCUCGCCACUCCCCGCCCCCACCUCCCCUCGAAGCCCCAGCCCCUGCGCCCGCCCUUUCCCCCGAACCCCCCCCUGCUCCUGCCCCUGCCCCCGAAUCCCUUCUCUCCCCUUUCCCCGCCCCCGCCCCUUCCCCCGCCUCCACCCCUGCCCCCGCACCCGCCCCAUCCCCUUCAUCCGCGCCUGCCCCCGCGCCCGCGCCUCUCGCCCAAUCACUGCUCACCAGCUCAGCGAAAUGCCCCGGGAUAAUCAUAGACUACCGCGUGCUCUCUCUCACGCCCAUCCCUUUCUCCGGCGCGCCUGCCUUCCGAUUCACAUCAAGGGUCACUCUGUCUAACGUGGGGCCCAGGCCGCUCAGGAAGUGGGCGCUGUCGUUUGGAUUCGUGAACCAGGAAGCCAUUGGGGAGGUGGACGGGGCGGUUGUUCCGGCGGGUGUGCAGCUGCCAGUAGCAGGCAACGGUCUGGCGCUCUCCAGUCCGCCAGGGACCCCCUUCCUGCUCACAGCCGUCCAAUCAGGAGGCGACAAGCGGCGGUACCAGCAAGUGGUACAGCUGUCGGGCACGGAGGUCGCCGCCACGUCAGCAGCAGCCGCACUGCCAAGGACCAUCUCUCUGGACGCCACGGGGUUUGACUGCGGUGACACGCCCAUGCUCUCAGGUCGCAACGACACCCUCCGGGUGUGCUGUCCCUCCACUGGCCCCGUGCAGGACACUCAAGUGGCACCACUGCCUGUCCCAACACUACCCAUUUCAAGCCAAGGCCUGCAGGUUCAGUGGGACGUGUUAAACGCCAAUGCCUCACAGUACAGCGUGGCAGUGCGCGUGACCAACACGCAGCGAUACACUGCAGUCAGCAGUGACCCUGGCUGGUCGCUGCAAUGGGCGUGGCAGAUGGGCGAAAUGAUUCUGGAGUGCGACGGGUGCCAGACACUGCAGCAAGGAGACUGCACGUCGUGCCCUGCAUGCAUCGACAACCCCUCCAUCAACAGUGCCUACUCCUGCGACCCCAUCCCCACUCUUAUCGACGGCUCCCCCCUGAAUGGAUCGCUAUCCGCACCAGCUUAUGACAACUCGUCCUCCUCCACCUCCUUCACUAUGCUUCUCGUUAAAGCCCGGCAGUACUGGGACCCCUCGCUGCUCACCUUCCCAGCCAACUUCACUGCCCGGGUCUCCAACCAGUCGCAGGGCUUCGCAUGUGACCCCCCGACUGGCCUCUCCCCCUCGGCGCUUGAGACAGUAGUGGGCGGCAGACAGACCAGGAACGCCAAAGCCUCUUACGUGGUGACAUGUGGCACUGUAGCUGGAAACGGGCCUCUCCCGACCUGCUCUGUGUCAGCAUCUGCCUAUUUCAACUCCUCACUCGCCCCCAGCUCCUCCUGUGCCUGCGGCUGCUCCUCUUCCAACACCAGCCAAGGCGGCGGCCAAUGCGAUGCCGCCACGUCAGCAAGCACAGAUCCUGCUGCAACCGUGCUAUUGGGAGAGGACCUGGCGGGGCUGGUGGUGCCAGGACAGAGUGAGGGGAGCUGCGGCACUGGGUGCGGCAUUGAAGCGCAUGUGACUAUAUCAGAUGCGGACGAAACAGGCUGGACAAUGCGGUUGGCGCUGUGGAACAGUGCACCGCCCACAAUCAAGAACUGGACGGCAGUCUUGGCGUUUCCGCAGGGCUUUGCUGAAAACCUCCAGGAGGCAACCUCUGUGGCGGCUCGAUUUGACUCACCACCAUAUGCUGACAACCUCAUGAUGUCUGGCCAGCCCACAGUGAACGAGUGGCUGCUGGGCGAUGGGGGCAACGUGCAAUGGACCCUCCGCUUUAACCGCACGCCAGGCUCAGCAGGGUACAACGCCACAGGGGGGGAUACUCUUGCUGUCAGCUCUGGCGUGUUCCCAUUGGCUCUCCUUGUGGGCGGCCAACAGUGCCAGAUGCCGGCCUUUCUGCCGUCUGCUAAGGGAGCAUGGACGGGUGGGGGGGUGUGGAGUGUGGCUGUGGCAGUGGUUGUAUGGGCAGUGCUGGGCAUUUGAUUUGACAUGUGCUUUUGCGAGCUGGUGUGUUGGAGGCAGGGAGAGUGCUUUCAUGCCCCACCACCAGCCACCAGCCGUUCCAACAAUGCUUGUAUAGGAAAUACCUUAUAUCAUUUUAUGAGUAGCUUCUGCUGUUACAGUUUGCAUUUAACACACUGA